CCAAGAGAAGAAAUGCUACAUAUAUCAACUACAACUUUUUUACUGUUUGGCACAGGUGUACUCACUGUUAUGUGUCCAGCCGUCAGCAUGAAGGUUUUGACAGGAGAUAAUGUUACUAUGUGGUGUGAACAUACUAUUCAUGUUACUGGAAAUCUGUGUUGGUUUAAGCAGACAGCUGGUGCUGUGCCCAUUCUGGUUGUGUGCAUGAUAUACACUGAAAGUCUUCAAAGUGUAGAGCCGCGAUAUUCAAACAAUUUCACAAAGAAUCACCUGAUCAUGUACAUGUGUGGAAAAAAGACAACUUUAACAAUAACGGAUGUGAAUAUUUCUGAUUCUGGUUUCUACUUUUGUGGAGCUAUGGAUUAUAACAUAAAAUUUUUCAAUGGAGGCAGGCUUGAAGUUAAAGAAAAGAAUGAAAUGUCAAGUAAAAAUGCAACAGAGAACUUGAAAAAGGAUCAGAAGAAAUGUCCUGUGUCUAGUGAGAACAUCUUUUUUAGCAUGACACUCCUGUUUGGUGGAAUUAUUAUUUUUACCUUAAGUAUUCUGCUCAUUUUGGCUAUUAUCAGACAUCACAAACAACAGAGGCGAGGUGCAGAAUGCCAAGCACAUCAACAUAAUUAUGAGGAGCAGGAAUUCGAGUCAGUAGAAUAUUCUGCUGUGCAUUUCUCCAAAAAGAGAUCCAAGUCAGCAGAAGAACAUACUGAUCCAUUUCUUGUGUAUACUGAUGCCACGUGAAGCAUAACUCGCUUAUUCAAGAUCUUAAGGCUAUCUGACAUUUUUGGUUAAUAUUGCUAUGCUUGUUUAUUUAUUUGGAAACUCUUUUGAUUGUUCUGAUACUACCAUAAGAACAAGUAUAUUGAUAACGCGUAAUAGAAAUGAUGGCCAUAUUGUGUUUGUCUUGUUUUUAAGACAUGUAUUUGUAAAGCAUAUGCCCGGGGGCAUCUUGCCCCAGCUGUCAAACCUAUACCUACAGGCCAGAUUAACUGUAAUAAUUUCAUAUUUUUUAUUGUCAUUACUUCAACUAUGUUUAUGUAACUAAAUUGGUUAAAUUGUGAAUCGUAUCAUUUAAACUUUCAUACAAACCAAAGUACAGAAGAAGUG